CAGCAUCGCAAGUGUGGUAGACCAUGGCUCACAUGUGAAAGCACCGUUAUCGCUUACCCUGGCCCAUUCCCUGUUAGGAACUAUCCUUCAACCGGACGAUCCGUUAUCACACUGAAUUAUCCCAUGCGACACAUGGCGACAGCCUCAUCCGUUCCCCUCACCCAGCUCUAACCAUGGAGAAGUUUACCCAAUUUCGCGAUCGAGGCUCUGGCAUCGCGCCCUUCCUGCCCAUCCCCACUCAACCAGCCGGUUUCCAACUUCCUGUCCGCGCGUUUCUCUUCUGCGUCCGACUUCCGCUCUUCAUCUUCGUCUGCGCCUUGUACUUUCUCGUGUUACAAUGGUGUCCGAUAGGGUCGCUGGGCAAGAAAGCCUCUCUUUGGUGUAUUCUAGGUGUUCCUAGUAUCUGGUGGAUUGACCUCCAAGUGGACGGCGUGAGAAAGGGUUCUCUCGCCAGACAGGAAAACACGCGUCUCCCCGGCCCCGGAUCCAUCAUUGCCUCGUCCUUCACCUCCCCCAUCGACGCCGUCUACCUAGCCGCUAUCUUCGACCCCGUCUUCACCGCCGCAUACCCGCACUCGCGCGAAGUAGAGCACAUAUCCCUCUUCCAAGCCAUCCUACGCUCAUUCGCCCCGCCGAGCGUGCGCCCCCCACCAGGCACCCGCACCGUCGACCUCGCCACGCUCCAGCGCAAGUAUCCCGGGCGCCCGAUCGCGGUAUUCCCCGAAUGCACAACGACCAACGGCCGGGGCAUUCUCCCUCUGAGCCCCGCGCUCGCAGGCGCACCCGCCCAGGCGAAGAUCUUCCCCGUUAGCUUACGCUAUACACCCGCGGACGUAGUGACGCCCGUUCCAGAAAGCUACAUCGACUUUCUGUGGGCACUGCUCAGCAAGCCCACGCAUUGCAUUCGAGUGCGCAUCGCGGAGGCAGUCAUCAGCGGGGCGAAGGCCCCUGGCUCGUCGGCAGGAGCGUCCACUUCCACAGCCACCCGCCGCUCAACCUACGACGAUAACUACCUCGACACGCUAGACCAGGACAGCGCAUACGGGAGCAACUCCGGCGGCGACGCAGGAGAGAUGUCACCUAGUGAGAAGGCGAUGCUCAACCAGGUGGGGGAUGCACUGGCGCGACUGGGACGGGUCAAGCGGAUGGGAUUGGGAGUGAAAGAGAAGGAGGAUUUCGUGAGGAUGUGGAAUCGGAGGCGGAUUCGUUAGUUGGAUAUACUAUACUAUACAGUCUGUGUAUGCGAUUGGAAUCAGCGCUUAUCAUGAGAGCUAUAGCUACGAUUGGAUCGACUGCAUAGGGUAUAUAACAUGUAACUACCGCGGUGUCAGCCGAGGCACUUCAUAUAUCAUGAAUAUCUUGCAUAUAUCAUUGAG